AUGUCCUCGUACAACGAGGGCUUCUGCGCCGUCGAGUGGAUGGUCAAGGUCAAGAACGGCUUCAUUGACGGUUUCAUUGACGAGGAGCAGCGUGGCCAGAAAAAGGUACGCUUUGCGGAGUCAGCCCCAGGCGACGUGGAUCUUCCCCAACGAUCGCUUCGCGGACGCGCAGUGGGCCAGCCAGUGUGCUGGGCUGUCAAAGACGCCAGCUGCGGCAUGCGCGGCUACGUCAUCGGCCCCAGCAGCGGCUGCGCUGAGGAUUGCCUGAUCGCGUCAUUUAAGGGCAAGGGGGCGCUUGCCGAAGCGCCCAGUGGCUGCGAGGUAGGUGUCGAGCCGCAAUUGCCUGGUCACGUGGCGGGGUCGACCGUGCACUUUGCAGCGAAGAAGCGCCGGCGCCUGGGCCCGCGCAAGGGCAAGGUCAUAUUCGACAUGAAAGUCAUCGUGAUUGGCCAGAGCGCAGCUUUCAUGGAGCCCUCGUUGCUCGCGAUGUUCAACGGUGAGAGCUACCGCGUCAGCACGCGCCCCGACACGCUGAGCGACGCCGAUGAGCGCUGCGACGAGGUCGAGAAUCCUUCGCUGAAGAUGUUUGACAUCGACGACCUGCCCAGGGCCGCGGCGAAGACGAGGCGCCCAGCGGCGAGCUAUGCAUUCCCUGAGAUCGCGCCCCCCGCGCGCCUGUUCUUCGCGGCACUCGUCUACGCCAUUUGCGGGCCGAUUG